AUGUCUCACCACCAACAACAACAACAACAACAACGCCCUGAUCCCAAACCCAACCCCCCACAGCCCCAAGUUCAAGCCCAACCCCCCUACCAAACCCACCGCGCCGCCUCCACCCUCCUCAUCCCCCACCGCCAAGCCCUCGCCAAAGCCAAACCCUCCAAAGCCAACCAGAACCAGAUCCUCCCCGACCGCAGCGCCCACGCCCUCCCCCGAACCACGCGCGCCCCGCCGCAGACCAACGCAGAUAAGAACCGCAGACGAGCCACCGAGGUGAAUCUCGCGGCGGCGCCGCAGCCGUUGCUGGAUCCGGUGUUGUGGUCGCGCAUGCAGGAGCGGGCUGGGACUGCGGCUGGGAGCGGGUCGGGGGCGGAUGGGCGGAGGGGAGAAGGGAGUGGGUAUGGGUAUGGGCGGAUGGCGGUUCGGGGCCGGAUGGGGGGGUUGGGGAGGGGGAGGGAGGGAUGA